AUGGAGGAAAAUUCGAGUGAAAAAUCCAAAUCAGUGCCCACGAACUUCAGUAUUGAACGGAUUCUCCUCAAAUCCGACAAUGAAACUGUUAACAAAGCAAAGCCUUUGAACAAAGUGACACCAAAUCCGUGGCUUUCCAUUACGCCGCCCAUGUCUUUCAAGCCAAAAGUGAUUCAGCAAUCAGCUUCGACUUCCUCAAUGAGAGUUAUUCCUUCAGCAUCGUCCUCGUCGUCAUCUGCAGCAAUUUUAAGUCCGUCAUCGCCGUCGCCGCCGCAACUUCAAACACCUCUUUUCCCCAUAAAUCCGCUUUAUACGUCGUUUUUGCAACAAUUUCCCGCAGCUUCGUCCUUCUUUCAUCAUGCCGAUCUCUAUCGCGACAAAUUGCUGCCAAGUUUGGCGACAAAUAAUAAUUUAAUUGCUGUGAAUAAUUACAAUUAUUUCUUCGAGAAUCAUUUUAAGCAAGUGCAAAAUUUGACGGCGAAUUUGUCGAGUAAAGUGUAUCAUCGAUCGCCAAGCGGAUCGCCGUUACUGAGUCCUUCGGCGAUGACUUUGAUGAACAAUAAUAAUAACGAAAGUAGUGAAAUUAGUGCUAAAAAGAUGUUUUUGAUGCAACAUAAUGAUGGGAAUAGUAAUGGAAGUGCUUGCAGUAGUUUGGUUGGCGAAGUUGGAAAUAAUUUGGAUGAUGAGGGACUCAAAUGCGGGAUUUGCAAUAAAAUGUUUGGAUGUGCGGAAACGUUGGAGGCUCAUGAAAAGUCUCAUCGGAGUCCCAGAUACGAAUGUGAUGAAUGCGGAAAAGGAUUCUCUCAACUGCGAAAUUUCAAAUAUCAUGUCUCCGUUCAUCGAGGCACGAAAGAAUUUGCCGCUAAAUGUCCCGAAUGUGGAAAAAUUUUCAACGAUAAAGGAUAUUUGAGUAGUCACAUGAAAAUUCAUCGUAACAAAAAGGAGUACAAAUGCCCACAUUGUGUGAAGUCUUUCAACCAAAGAGUAGCUUUUAACAUGCAUAUUCGAAUUCACACAGGCGUGAAACCUCACAAAUGUGAUCAAUGCAACAAAAGAUUUUCCCGAAAAAUGUUGCUGAAACAGCAUUCAAGGACGCAUUCUGGCGAAAAACCUUAUCAAUGCACAGUUUGUGGCAAAACGUUCGCUGAUCGCAGUAAUAUGACACUCCAUCAUCGUUUACAUUCGGGCGUUAAACCAUUUGCAUGUCCAAUUUGUCCGAAAGCUUUCACGAAAAAGCAUCAUUUGAAGACUCACAUUAAUUAUCACACAGGAUACAAACCGUACAAAUGCCCCCAUGAAAAUUGUGGGCAAACGUUUACGCAGAGCAGCAAUAUGAGAACUCAUGCGAAAAAAUGUCAGUUCAAAAAGCCUGAAGACGUAGUUUAA